CGAGCGGCAGGAGUAUCUACCACUCGUUCGAUUCAACCUGACUGAAGUGUUAAUACUAAUAAUUCCAUAAUAUUUCUCAAGACUGCAAGGAUAAUGAAGAUUAUUCCAUUUCUCCUGUUCAUUAUUUUGGCCGCGUUUGCUCCAAAAACCGAGGGAAAUUUGUACCAAUUAGCAGGAGAUGUUGUAAGUUUUCUAAUAGAAAUCACUAGGAUUCAACCGUAUUUACUGUCUUUAUAUCCUGCCAAAAAUAGACCAAAGGAAGAGCACUUCGAUUUCAUCAUCAUCGGCUCGGGCCCAUCCGGAUCGGCCCUGGCCAACCGACUGACCGAAAACCCCAACGUAAAAGUCCUGUUGCUCGAAAGCGGAGAAGAACCCAGCCUCAUCGUCGACAUUCCCAUAGUAGCCGGAGCGCUGGAAUUCACCUCCUACAACUACAACUACAAAUCCCAACGCCAGCCGAACUUCUGCACAGGUUGCCCGAACGGAGUCCUGCAAUGGCCCCACGGCAACGUCCUGGGCGGCAGCUCGGUCAUCAACUACAUGAUCUACGUCAGAGGCAACCCGGCCGACUACGAUAAGUGGGCGGCGCUGGGCAACCCCGGCUGGUCCUACGAAGACAUCCUGCCGUACUUCAAGAAGCUGGAGGACUCUCGCGUCAGCCGCAGCGACGAGGCCUACAGAGGCAAAGGGGGCAACGUGGCGGUGAGCGACGUCCCGUGGAGGAGCGGCAUCGUGGACGUCUACGUGAACGCUUGCACGGAGGCCGGGCACGAGUACGUGGACUACAACGGCAGGAGGCAGCUGGGGGUGUCUUAUAUACAGUCGACGACGAGGAACGGCGCCCGAUGGCACGCCGAGAAGGCCUAUCUGCGGCAGGCGCGCUCCCGCAAGAACCUGAAGAUCCAGGUCAAGUCGAGGGCGACCAAGAUCUUGAUCGAUCCCAGGACGAAGACGGCGUACGGCGUGGAGUAUUACUACGAGAAGAAGAGGCACGUGGUGUACGCCAAGAAAGAGGUGAUUUCCUCGGCUGGGUCGUUGAAUUCGCCGCAGUUGCUCAUGUUGUCUGGUGUUGGACCUAAAGACCACUUGGAGGAAUUGGGGAUACCGGUGAUUCAAGACUUGCCGGUAGGUAAGAAGAUGUACGAUCACGCCACGUUCCCUUUAAUAAUGUUUCAAGUGGAUAAACCUCUAGUCAUAAACGCAGUAACGGCUGCUUUGAAUCCUUUCAAUUACAUCGGUGUUCUGUUUGGAAAAGGAUUGUUUACCUCGAUCGGCGGUGUGGAAGCAAUUACUUACGUAAAAACCAACAUUUCCACCGAUCCGGAUCCUCUCUAUCCAGACGUGGAGUUGCUGAUGGUAGGCGGCGCGUUAAACACCGAUUUCGGCAUAAUUUUCCGAAAAAUAUUCAACGUAAAACCGGAAAUUUACAACAAAAUCUUCCUGCCGCUGUUCACCAAAUACGUAUACAUGGUCACGCCGGUGGUAUUGCAUCCGAAAUCCUUCGGCUGGAUCAAGCUCAACUCUUCGAAUCCUUGGGACGCUCCGUUGUUCUACCCUAACUACUUCUCCGAUCCCGAAGAUCACGACGUCAAAACCUUCAUCGCCGCCUUCAGGGAACUGGAAAGGAUCAACUCGAUGCCUUCCAUGCAGAAAAUCGGAUCGAGAAUCGUUAGCAUACCAGUACCAGGUUGCGAAUCGCACCGUUUCGACAGCGACGAGUACUGGGCAUGCGCGGUGCGCACCGUGAUAGGCAGCUAUUAUCAUCAAGUGGCCACCUGUAAGAUGGGUCCGGAAGGGGAUCCCGAAGCCGUGGUGGACCACAAGCUGCGGGUGCACGGGGUGAAGAAGCUGCGGGUUGUGGAUACCAGCGUGAUACCCAUACCGCCUGCGACGCACAACGUGGGUCCCGCCUAUGCUAUAGGCGAAAAGGCGGCGGAUAUCAUCAAGAAUUGUUACGGGAUUUGAUUAGUUUAUAAGCGAGUUUGUCACGAAUAAGAUGGUUUGUACAAUUAAAGAUUGUUUGUGUGGUA